AUGACAACUGAUUUACCUGAAGUAACUGGUAGUCCAAUAUGGUUACGUAAAAUGCGUACAUUAUUUCGUCGUCUUGAUUCAUGUGGACAUGGUUAUUUAAUGAUUGAUGAUUUAUUAGAUAUUGGUACAACAAUAUUUAAUAUUUAUCCUAAAAUGUUAUCAUAUAAAUAUGAUGAAUUAGUGAAAACAUUAGUUUAUUUAUGGUAUCAAGUAUUAUGUACUCAUGUAUCUAGGCAAUUAGCAACUACAAUGAAUAUUAAUGAAAAUACAUUUAUUGAUAAUUUAUUAAAAGCAUUUCAUAAUGAUUUUUAUCAAUAUUUUAAUGAAAAAUUUAUUAUACCAUUAUUUGUUGCUAUGGAUCAAGAUGAUGAUAAUUAUAUAACAAGUACAGAAUUUCAAACAUUAAUGAUUGCAUGGAAAUCAAUACCAAAAGAUUGUGAAUUAUUAUUUCGUUACUAUAGUGAUAAAAAUAAUAAAUUAAAUAAAGAAAAUUUUCAAAAAAUUUUUAUUGAUUAUUUUAUGUCAGAUAAUAUAAAUAGUAAUAUUAUAAAAUUAUGGGGACCAUUAAUUAAUUAUAAACGUGCUGAAGAUUAUGGUCCAAUUGAUUGUGGUCCUGUAUGGGAAGGUAAAAUACGUACUAUGUAUAGACGUUUAGAUAUUAAUGAAACAAUGAAAUUAAAAUGUCAUGAUUUAUUACAAAUUGGACAAUUUUUAAUACAACGUGCACAUUUAGAUAGACGACGUGCUGAUGCUGUAAUGCGGGCUAUGUUAAAUAUAUGGGUGA